CUACCCAAUAUUCAGCAACACCGCCUUCAAAUCCGCCAAAUAAGUCAAUUAAAAAUACACCCGUGUUCGUAAAAAACAUUGUAAAGCGCCUAACGGUGGGUAAAAUCAUCCUGGGAAUCAUUUCUAUGGAUCUUGUCAUCGCUGAAUGUCGCAGACGCUAUAGUGAUUAUACCCUCUUCAAUGCUUUUGCUACUGGCUCAAAAAAAACUCUUGAAGAACCUCCCGAGAAAUUCAUUCCCCGUGAGAAAAUUGUUAAUAAAAUCAAGACCAUGCUUACACCAGACAAAGAAUAUAGUUUGUACCGUACUAUUUCAGGAUCACAUGGCGUGGGUAAAUCGACCCUAGUUCGCAAAGCGGCAAAGAAAGUCAGUCGUGGAGUGAUUUAUGUCGACGUACCUGCUAAUUUUGAAAAUUUUGGGGAUGAAUUUGCCAAAGCUUUAAACAUAUCAUUCGACAAACCUAUCUCAUUAACAUCAGCUCUGCUUCGAAAGAUUUGUGGAAUCCCUUUAAAAUCAGGUAUUUCUCAAGAUCCAAAGUGGGUAAGAGCUCUUGACUCUUUUAAGCGUGGCGCUGAGACCUAUUUGAAAACAUAUGGAAAGCCUGCUGUUAUUAUAUACGAUAAUGUCAAUCGUCUUGCUCUUAAGAAUCCCAAACUACUUGAUGUGCUUCAAGAUGAUGCAAAAGAUCAUGCUGAUGUUUCAGAGUAUAUUACUUUAUUUGUGACUAGUGAGGGGACUGUUAAGAGAAUGCAAGGAAGAAGUUCAUGGUCUCGGGCAACUCGAACUUUUGAAAUUGGAGACAUGACAAAGGUUGAAUCAAUGGAUUACCUAGUAAAUAAAAGUGGAAUUCCCUUAAGAGAAGCAGAGCAAUUUUAUAACCUCCUUGGUGGCCGAAUUGAACAUCUUAUAACUGCAGUUGACUUGUUUGCGGAAACUCCAUCGUUUGAGGAAUGCAAGGAAACACUAGUGAAACGUCAUGAAGCAACUUUUACAGAAGCUGGUAUAAAUCCUGGAGGCCGUUAUCAUGAUAUUGCGAAAAAGGUUGUUAACGUUUUACUUGAGAAAGGACAAAUCGGAUUUCUUGAAUAUCAUAAGAUUGUGAAUGAUGCGAAGGUUGCUAACUUUCUACUAGCUACUAACAUAUUUUCGUAUCACCCUGAGAAAAGUGUUAUCAAUUUUCAUUCAAAGAUAAUAGAAUUUAUUAUUCGUGAAAAAAUAGUCGAAAUAGUUUAG